AUCGUCAGCUCCAUUCCGCCCGUGUAGUCCGACUUUGACCGUUAUCUAUUUUCUUCACUCAGGGAGGGGCCUAUCUCCGCCGAUUCCCUUGCUAUUGUCUGAGUCAAAUUGGGCGGAGAGAUCAUGCGUAAACGCAGCCUGUCUCACCGAGGAAUGGGAUUUGCGAAUAGUUGUGCGCAGGGAUACAUUCCAGGCCGCAUCAUCCACCACAACUUGACAUGGAGUUGCGCCAUUCCUCAUUCCUCAAGUCCGGCUCAUUCUCAUUCCUUCGCUCCCGCCCCUCCCCCCCCGGGGAUUUCGCUGUUGUUAUGUUUACCCUCCGAUGUUCUCUCCCACACAUCCUUCUCGCGUCUUAGACCGGAAUAGGUUAUGGACGACCAGAUCGAACCAUCACCGAGGUGGAAACUCUAACCAGCAUGGCCGACCAGGACAAUAUGGCGGAUAGGGACUCGUCUCGUACGGGGAAUCAAGGAAAUGGUCGACCGCUCUCAACAGGGGCGAUUGUCGCCAUCGUUCUUGUGGGCUCGGCAGUCAUGUUCGCCGGUCUCGCAUACUUCUGCAUCUGGCUUUCUCGCCGGCGCGCUGCUCGGCAGGGGCAAGACUUCGAUUUGGAGGAUGAUACGGAUACGAGCACGACGGGCACGCGCGUCCAUCGCCGGAAGCUAUACAAAAAGAGCUGGCCACCAAGUUUCACGACGAGAGAGGUCUCGCCUUUCCGCCCCAUGUCACUGCCAGCCGUUCCCCCGGCCUUCCGCCAGCCCAGCCUGAUAUUUUACGGAAACCCGCAACCUGGACGCAAAAGCGGUUCGCGGACGAGAAAGGCGUCUUGGAUAGACGAGGAUGUGCUCCACGGCCCGAGGGUGGCUCAGCAGACGGAGCCGAAGCGACGGUCCCUCCGUGACUCAUGGCCAUUGAAGAAUAGGGUACCAACACUGCCGAAAUUGAAUGGCUCAAAUCAGCCACAUGAGAAGGAACUCCAGCAGCGGGAGGACUUGGCCAUGGGACCGGGGCUCGUCCAGCAAAUGCCGCCCAGGAGACUGCCAGAGCCCCCGGGGCCGGUGGUUACUGCAGGUAGCCGGCAGCCAGUUGAUCAAGGCCCAACGAGGUCGUACUAUGCACCAGAGGACGCCCGGGGACAGAGACCCAACGCCACCCCAGCUGGGCCCCGGAUAUUAAGUCCGCAGAAAGCCCGGACACGACAGGAUUCGACUGGUUCGACUCUCACCGAGAUCCUAAAGUCUACAGAUAAGAGACUACAGACACGCGCGCUGGCAGGGAUUUCCAAGACAGCCGGAACCAGCAGAGAGACCCUCAUUGCAAGGAGUGAGGCUGCUACAGACGGGUCAACCUUGUGCCAGUCACGUUCCAACUCACGAACGCCAAGCCCUACCAAGUCAGGACCCAGCCGAUCCGUAUCGGCCGCGCACCAGCGGAAGCUCUCGGAAUCGUCAGUCACCUCGGAGACGGACAGCCUUGUCUUCGUUCAGCCGAGCCCUACCCCCGGCCCUCCUAAUGGUUUGACGAGUCCGAACAAAGUUACGAGCGCGCGUGAGCUCGAGAGGCAAAGACCCCAGGCCCAAUCCCCCUGUAGCUCCGUCUCAUCGGCCUUGUCGACGCUGUACAGCGAGGACGAGGGCCAAGAGGCGGCGAGAGAUACGUCGACCUUGAACCGUGAUGUUCUUGCGGGCGGAAGGGGGGCUACAAUGCCCAACCCAGGCUCGAUCGGCGACCCCUUCUUUUCACCAUCUUCAGCGAGGCCAAAUACAGGCCAUCGCGGCUCUCAACCUCUACUGCAAGGAGUCGACAAGCUUUCUUACCAAGAUCCGGGAUCGUCGAUGGGGGGGAAAACCACAAGGUCGUCCACCUCUCCCAUGCAUACUCUCCGACUAGUAGACUCCACGACUUCCAACUCGGUCGCCAGCGCGAGGGCCUCGCACCCGUACCUAUCGAACACGCCAGUGAGGCAAGGUCGCCAGCAGCACCGAGAGUCCGUGAUCAUGCUCCCCAAGCCCGUGACGGUCGUCCACCGCUCGAUCCCGUCGACGGAGCGGCCCUCAUUCAUCGUCACCAGCCCCAGCGCCGCGAGCAUGCUGUCGCCGGCCAUCUCCGACCUGACCUUCCUCAGCAGCCACAUCGAGGAGGGCUCGCCGAACAACAGGCUCGUGUCGCCGUCGCGGAUCCUGAGACCGCAGGCCAGCUCGCCGACCCUCGGGCGCAACAACAGCCUGUUUGGCCACAAGCAGGACAUCCCGCCCCUGCCACACAUGCCAGUCGUCUUCGCGGCGCGGUCCGCAACCGUUGCCGUGGCGGGUCCCGCAUCAUCACCAUCACCAUCGCCAUUAUCGACAUCCCCCACCCGGGAUUCUCGCCCGCCCCGCCUGCCCAGCCGCUCGAGCUCCCGCCGCAAUGUUGGCGCCGGCGACUCGCCAACCCGCCGCCGCUCGCAAGCCGUAGCAGGCGGCAAAGAGGGGGUCAACAACAGCAACAACAACGAUAACGCUUCGACCCCGAGCCUGGCGGCCGCCGCCGCAGCCGCACGGCGCCGGUCCAGCCUCCUCCUCCAGCAGAAGGUGCAGCAGCUGCAGCUGCAACACCGCGGCUCCGUCGGCUCCAUCAGCGGCAGCAGCAGCUCGCGCCGCAGCGCCGCGGCUCUCCCUGGGACGCAGACCCGCAUGCAGCGCUCCCUCUCGGUGGACAGCGCGCGCGGGAUCCCGACCAGCACAACCACCGCUACCAUCACCGCCGCCACCGCCGUCGGCGAGGGCGAGGGCGGCCGCGGCGGCGGCAGUAGUAGCAUCAGGGACAGCAGCAGGGACAGCAGCUGCAGCGCGAGCAGCUACGACAGCGGGCCCUUCGGGCUGGCGGCUACGAUCGCGCAGCUGCGGCGCAUGAACAGCACGGCCAGCGGGUAUAGCGCGCGGACGGGUUCGGUCUAUAGCACCACCACGACCGCCGGCGGCGGCGCGGGAAUUCGGGGGUCUGUUGUCGGGGAGGGCGGGGGCCCGAUGUUGAAGGGUGGCGCGGUCGGGGCCGGGGUCGGGGCCGGGUCGAUGAGGCGCGGGACUGGGACGUGGAAUUAUCUGUCGCUGGAUGCGCGGGUGAGGAAGGCCGGACAGGGGCAGGGGCAGGUGGGGAGGAGUGCCGGUGCCGGGGAGGGGAGGAGGGGGGUUGGUGGGCGGGGUGAGACCGGAGGGGAGGGGAGUAGUGGCAGGAGGAGAACGCAGCAGCUGGUGCGCGGGUAUGAGGGGGGGAGGUCGCAGCAGUGGACCGGGGGGGGGCUUAGGGAGGGGAGUGACGGGAAUAACAGGGGGACUCCGACGAGGGAGAACUCGGUGCUUAGCUUCGAGAAGCUGGCGCCGGUGAGGUUUGAUCGCCCGCCGAGCCAGGAUAGCUUGGGGCUCUAUGACAAGGAUGGGUUCCUGAUCAGCACCCCUGUCAGGGAGAAGAAGACUGCGUCGCCGUCGAGGGUGUAUGGGAUGACUGUCUAGGGGUUGGAUGUGGCCUCUUGGGCUUUUCUUGGAUUUUUAUUUCCCUCCUCUUUCUUUGAUUCUGUUCUCUCUGGGUAUUCCUUUUGUCUUGUACGGCUGGAAUGGGAUAGGCUGUUGAGUUGUCUGCGAUGACCCUGAUCUUCUUGUAAUAUCCUAAAUAGUUCUACAGAUUAUACUUUUAGCCAGCUCUGCUUCGUGGGGGAAAAUGACACCUUAAUAGACAUCUUUAUUAACAG